UUCACUUUCACCAUGAAGCUUGUCUGGUCGCCUGAAACCGCCUCUGAAGCUUACAUCAACACCGUUAUAUCGUGUAAGAGCUAUAAAGAAUCAGGAGUGGCGGAGUUCUUGUCAGCUACGGCGGCUGGAUGGAACGCUAGGCUAAUCGUUGAAACAUGGUCACGCGGCGAUCCAAUCAUGACUAGCGUUGGACUGGCAGUUGCUGCAAGUCACACUUGUGGGAGACACGUGUGUAUAGUACCAGACGAGCAGUCGAAACAAGAGUAUGUAUCAGACAUGAGAGGAGUCGUUAUUAUGGAAGCUACGGAGGUUGUGGUGGUUGGAGAAUCUGUUGAGAACACGAUGGAGGAGUUUCCCGGCGUGGACUUCUUGGUGGUAGACUCUAAGCGACGAGAAUUCGUUAAAACGCUAAGGUUUGCGAAAUUGAGCAACAAGGGUGCCGUUUUAGUGUGUAAAAACGCUGCACAGAGAGCUGUCUCUGGGUUUAAAUGGCAUGAUGUGUUUAAAGCGGGGACACGUGUGGUAAGAUCAGUGUUUUUGCCUGUUGGGAGUGGGUUGGAUAUUGUACACAUGGGAGCUGCAGGUGGCCACCAGCGUGGUGACUCAAGAAAGCAUCCUAGCCGUUGGAUUAGACAUGUGGAUCAUCUAUCCGGAGAGGAGCAUUUGUUCAGGCGCUUAAAUUGAUUGUUACUCUUUACCCCUUUGCGACUCCUUUGAUGUAUAUAUGUUACAUGACAAAAAUAAUUUUCUCACUAUCAAAAACUCUUAUCUUGUGCUUGCAUGAAUGUAAAAUCAUUGGCAACACAACCUCUACCUCAUGCAUGCAUCAUAAAUGUUAUAAAGAAUGUUACUUGAUAAUUGAUCACUA